CCUCACACUAAGCCAAGCAGCAUGUUCAACUCAUCUCGAUCAGGCAGCGCUGCGGCUACACGUCGGCUGACGCUAGAAUACAAGCAGUUGUCGGCCCCCGACUCCCUCUUCCCAGCAUGUGGACCAAUCGACGAGCGCGACCUUCUCCACUGGGAGGCUCUCGUUCCUGGUCCUGACGACAGUCCAUUCGAAGGAGGAGUCUUCACUGCCAAGCUUACAUUUCCCGCUAGCUACCCCCUCGAGCCCCCCGUCAUGAAGUUCGACCCGCCCAUCUUCCACCCGAAUGUCUAUCCCGACGGCACCGUCUGCAUUAGCAUCCUCCACGCUCCAGGUGAUGACCCGAACAUGUACGAGUCGUCCUCGGAGAGAUGGUCGCCCGUGCAGAGCAUCGAGAAGAUCCUCCUCAGCGUCCUCAGCAUGCUCGCCGAGCCCAACGUCGAAUCCGGAGCCAACAUUGAUGCCUGCAAAAUGUGGCGCGACGACCGCAAAGGCUACGAGGAGGUGGUGCGCAAGUCCGUUCGCGAGCAGCUCGGCUUGUAGUCGGACGAGUGGUGGCCUAAAAUGAUCUCACUAUACCACAGCAGAGAAGCGCCAAGACUACUGUCCUGGCAUCUCUUCAUCUCAGCAUCGCCCAUCCCGCCCGUCCGUCGCCCUGCCUUCGUGCGAGCCCGAAAGGGGAGAGGGAGACGAGCUUCGAAGCACGUCUCUCAGAUGGCGUCGACAACCUUCGAAGCUCGCCUUUUCACUGACUUCUUCUCUGACUCGAUGUACUUCUACCCUUCUUCACAUAUACAUCAGAUCGCUCUCGCGUCCUCAUUCGUGAAAGGUAUCUACAUUAAG